AUGAAAACUAAAAAGUUAAAUUGUUUUGAUGUUGAACUUUGUGAUAAUGCACUAUUUGAUAAUGAACAAUUAAUAAGACCUAAAUCUAAACCGAAAUCUAAUUCUGAAUUAACCCCAUUAGAAGUUCAAUAUUAAGAAAUUAAAAAGGACUAUCAAUAAGAUCUGGUUUUAUUAUAAAGAGGCAAUUUUUUUUUGGCUUAUUAAGAAGAUGCUCACUUUAUUCGAAAAUAUAUUGAUUUAUAAUGGAAAAUACCUAAUUAUUUAGUAGGAUUAAAUGAAGCAUCUGUAAUAGAACAUAUUCAUACAUUAAUUAUGUAAACUGAUAGAAAAGUAGUUUAUUGUGAAUAAUCUGUAUUUUAAAUGACAUAAAAUUAAAUACGAGAUCGCUUUAUAACUGGAAUUUAUAGCAAAGGACUUUUGGGAUUUGGUAUAUUGGGAGAGAAUAUAGAAAAUAUAGAAACAAAUUAUUUAGUUUCGUUAUAUAAGGAUGAAGCUAUUGUACUAGAUACUAUAAGCAAAGUAGCAUAUAAAACGAGUAUUGAGAAUUUAAAUUUUAUAAAGAUUACUGAAAUAAUAACAAAUGAAAAAAUAAAGACUCUUGCUUUAAAAAAUACAGCUAAAGGUGAUAGUGCUUUUGAAUAGUUAGAAAUAUUCUUUAAAGAAAGGUUUAUUAAUGGAAUAUCAUAGAUUACUUUUAUUGAUGAUUCUUCAUUAUUUUCAAAAUACUGUUUAAUAUCUGAUAAUGCAAUAAAAUAACUAUUUUUCAAACCAUUAAUAUAACCAUCAACUAAAGAGGGUUGUAGAAAAUUAUAAAUGAUUUUACGAAAAAUUCCAAUAGAAGGUAUAAAGGACAAAUAAUUAGCAUAACAGGAUAUGAGAAAUCAUUUAAUUUUUAGAGAUAGUUUUUUAGGUGAGAUAAAAAGAGUUGGAUCUUUGUAACAUUAGAUGGCUAGAGUGUUUAAUGCACCAAAAGAUUGUUUAAUAUUGAAAUAAUUCCUAAAUAACAUAAAAUAUAUUCUUAUGUAAUUAAAACAGAAGAUUUAUAUUAAUAAAUAAAAUUAUAAAAGUGAACAAUUAAAAAAUCUAAAAGAACUUAAUGAUAAUAUUUUGUAAAAGAUUUAAUAAGAAUUUAUAUGGGAAGGUGAAAAUCUUGAUAUUUUAGUUCCACAAAAUUAAGAAAGAACUUUAUAUAAUUAGAUAUUAGAAAACUUAGAAAAAACAGAGGAUGAAGCAAAUGAUGAAUAUUAAAAAAUAAAGAGUUAGUUUUAUGAUAAUGAUCCUAAAAUUAAAUAUUAUGGAUUUGAAAUAGAAAUGCCUGAGGAUUAUAAAACUCCAUCAUUUAUGUUAUUUUCAAAUAAAAGAUAAGGUUAUAGAAAAUAUACUACACAAUUACUUUAAAAGAAAUAAUAAUAACAUAUUAAAUUAUUAGAUUAAUUAAAAAAAUUUAUUCAUUUAUUCUAUUAAUAAGUAAUAGAGAAUAUUAUUAAACAUAAAGACUAUUUUUAAGAAAUAAUCAAUUAAAUUAGUGAUCUAGAUGUAUUAAUAGCAAUGUCAAAAUAUUUAGAAAAUGAUUAACAUAAAUGUCUUCCUAUUUAAUCAGACUAAAAUUAAUUAAUUUUAAAAGAUUUCUGUCAUCCAUUAAUCUAAAAUUGUAUACCUAAUGAUCUUAAUAUUAAUAAAUGUAUCAUUCUUACAGGAUAUAAUGGGGCUGGAAAAUCAACUAUUCUAAGAUCAGUUGGUUUACUUGUGAUUUUAGCUAUGUUAGGGUGUUAUGUUCCAUGUUAAUAGAUGAUAUUUAAAACUUUUAAUGAAAUACAUUGUAGAAUGGGUGCAUAUGAUACAAUAAGAGAAAGUACAUUUUUUGUGGAAUUGUAAGAGGUACGAAGAAUGAUUGAUACUUAAAAUAGUUUAUUGUUAAUUGAUGAAUUAGGAAGAGGAACAAGUUCAAUAGAUGGUCAUGCAAUAGCUUAUUCAAUUUUAAAAUAUUUACUCAAAUAAAAUAGUAUGAUUUUAUUCACAACUCAUUUCGAUAUUACAUUAGAUUAAGUAAUGUAUUACAUGGAUAAUUAUUAAUUAUAGAAGGGAUAGGUUAUUAAAGAACUUACAUCAAAAAUAUUAAUAUGA